AUGUCCGACACCACUGCUUUGAACAAAACCUACUUCAAUAAACUGGGCUCCGACUAUGACGAGAAGUUCAGAGAGGCCCUGACGAUGCUGGAGGAGGAGCUGAGGAGGCACAAGGACUUCAUCGCCAUGCGGCCCGGCGGGCGAGUCCUCGACUACGCCUGCGGGACUGGGCUCCUCACCAACGCUCUCUCCGACCAGGCGAGCGAAUGCAUCGGCGUCGACGUCUCCGAAACCAUGAUUGAGAGAUAUAAUGCCAAGUCAUCCCCAGAGACCCUUGUCGUACUAUCGCCCAGACUAACGAGCAUACAGGGUCCGAAGCGAAAGGCCUACCUGGGCAACCUCAUCUCCAAAGACGAGGAGCCGGCGGCGCUCUUCUCGGGCGGCGAGUUCUCAGGCUUCGACUUUGCGGGCGUGGGCAUGGGCUUCCACCACUUCGACGACCCGGCGCUGGCUGCGACGAGGCUGGCCGAGCGGCUGGCUCCUGGGGGAGUGCUGUUCAUCGUCGACUUUGAGCCGCAUGAUGGGCCGGGGCAUGGGCAUGGGGGAGCCAGCGGGGUGAAGCAUCACGGGUUCACGGAGGAGGGAGUGCGGGGGAUUUUUGAGGCGGCGGGGGCGGGAGGGGAGUUUGGGUUCAAGAGGUUGGAGAGGCCGCUUGUGUUUCGGGGGGCGAGGGAGGGCGGGGAGGAUAUGGUUCGCAAGGUGUUCUUUGCGAGGGGGAGUAAGUUGUAG